UAAAUCAUUCUCUAACCUAAUUUUGCAUACUCUUUCCGCUUGGGAGCAGAGACUAAAAGAGAGGCGAAGAAGAUGGUGCAGAGGCUCACAUACCGUAAGCGCCAUAGCUAUGCCACCAAAUCGAACCAGCACAGGGUUGUAAGAACUCCUGGAGGAAAGCUAGUUUAUCAAACUACAAAGAAGAGGGCGAGUGGUCCUAAAUGCCCUGUAACCGGAAAGAGGAUUCAAGGAAUUCCUCAUCUGAGACCUACAGAGUACAAGAGGUCAAGGCUUUCUAGGAACAGGAGGACUGUCAACAGAGCUUAUGGAGGUGUCUUAUCCGGAGGUGCUGUAAGGGAAAGGAUUAUUAGAGCAUUUUUGGUUGAAGAACAGAAGAUUGUGAAGAAAGUAUUGAAGAUUCAGAAGGCCAAGGAAAAAGUUGCAGGCAAGAGCUAAAUGAGUGUGUUUGGUUUAGUAUAAUCCCAAGUAACCACCAAAUGUUGUUUGGGUUUAUAUUUUUUGUUUUGUGAAAGACUCAUGUUUUCUUGAACAUCAUAUCAUUAUCAGGCCUUGUUGAUUUAAGAAACUUCUUAUA